AUGCUAGACCCACGAACAGCCGGCUACUCGGCGGUGGGGUUGUCGUUGAUCACACUGGCCAGUCUUCUGCUCUACUUGCCCAAUUUCACCGACAAGAUUGAGCGAAUUGACAUGUUUGUAAGCUGUUUUGCUAUCUAUUAGUAUACUAGCUGCCACAUCCCUCCCUUGCCCGAACUAGUACAGUGAGGGACCGGAUCCAAUGGCAAAAAACGUCUCAUUUUGCAUCCCGAAAGGGACCAAAAUGUCUCCAAACCCUUCCCUUCUCUAAGCUAAAAAACCCCGCUUUGAAGAGCCCGCCUUGAAUAAAAGGGCGCGCUUUUCAAAGCGGAGUUCUUUAGCUUAGAGGAGGGAAGGGUUUGGAGACGUUUUAGUCCCUUUUGGGAUGCAAAAUGGGGCGUUUUUUGCCAUUGGAUCAGGUCCCUCACUAUACCUUCAAAAUCCCCCAAAUUUCAGCUCAAAGUCAACACCGACGAAUUCAAGAACAUGGCGGACGAGGCGUGGGGAGAGCUGCUCUCGGCCCGCUCAAUGCCGCUGCAGGAGCGGCAGAAGCGACAGGCCUACGACGACCUCCCCAAACAAUACCCGUUGCCGAGCACCUAUCUGAAGCCGGGCGCUUCGCAGACUUGCACCUGCGCCACGGAGAACAACUGUCCGCCCGGCCCACCCGGACCGUCGGGGCGGCCCGGCGAGGACGGCAUUCCCGGACUGCGAGGGGAUCCGGGCGUUGUGGGAGAGCCCGGCAUCUUGCCUCCACCGGAAAUCAAAGGAGUAAGUUUUGAUUUCCGGCAGUGCUAUCCGUUUGUCGGGAAAAUAAUGAGCACUCUGUCGCAGCGAAAAUCGCAUCGCCGCCGAGAAAAUGAAUUGUGUCGCGGGAAAAUCAAAUUGCUUUGCAUUAGAAGCGUUGAUUUUCACCGCGACACAAUUCAUUUUCUCGGUGGCGAUGCGAUUUUCGAUGCGACAGAGUGCUCAUUGUUCUGCCGACAGACUGACAUCAAGACCUUUCGAGACAUUUUCUCAAUUCUCUCUUUUCAGUACGAAACCUGCCGCCGUUGUCCAUCCGGCCCGAAAGGACCGGCCGGCGCUCCCGGCGACAACGGACCACUGGGACCGGAGGGUCCACAAGGGCCCCAGGGCCGCAAAGGCGACGACGGACGGCCAGGAUACGCCGGAAAUUCGGGAGUUCCAGGCGAAGCUGGUCCCGCCGGAAAGCCCGGCGACCAAGGCCCACCCGGACUGGACGGAGUGCGCGGUGAGAAGGGACCGGUCGGACCGAAGGGCGAGACCGGGCCCGCCGGCCAGAAAGGACCCCAAGGAUACCCCGGAAGCGACGGACAACGCGGCGCCGAUGGAUUGCCCGGCGCUUCAGGACCCACCGGCCAGAAGGGCGCUCGCGGCCAGGAGGGCCGUCCCGGCGUUCAGGGUCCGGUUGGAGCACCCGGAAAGGACGCCGAAUAUUGUCCCUGCCCCGAGCGGAAUGCCAAGAAACAGGAGUACUCGGCGGUGCCCGUCGAGCAGGGAUAUCAGCAACAACAGAAGAGCGGGUACAAAAAGUCCGCCAAGAAGAUUUAG